AUGUCGACUGUUAAUGAAGAGGAGGUGAACCCCUACGAAUUGCUUGGAGUGACCAUGGAGUCUACCGAGCAGGACAUACGAACCGCCUAUCGUAGGGUCUCAUUGAAGGUCCAUCCCGAUAGAAAUCGCGGUAACCCAGAUGCAGCACGGAAGUUCCACGAGCUCAACCAAGCGUAUGAGCUGCUACUGGAUCCGCUUCGGCGGAUGGCCCUCGACGCCAAGGUGCGCCUGAAGGAGGCGCGCAAGACUCGCUUCGCGUCGUACGACGCCAAACGCAAGGGCCUCGUGGAGGAGCUUGAGGCACGCGAACGCGCAUUCAAGAAGGCACGGGUGGAGAAGGAGGAGGGAGAGCACGCCCGGUGGAGAGAGAAUGAACGCAUCAUGGAGGAAGGGCGGAGGUUGAGGGAAGAGAGGGAGAAGGAGCUGCGAAGGAGAGAAGAAGAGGCAUUGAGAACCGAGAGAGAGGCUGCAGGAGAGGAUGAGCCACCUGAGGUUGGGGAUUUAGACACGACCGUUCGCCUCAAGUAUUCGUUGUCCUCACAUCCAUCGCUUACGACGCCGGCCAGCCUCGCGGCGCUCAUGUCGCCUUUUGGCCCAAUUGACGAAGCCUCGGUCAAACUCAUCCUCAAGCCUUCGCCGCCAAAGAAGCCAAAGCGCGGUAUCGCACUUGUACCGUUUAAACAGAUCGGCGGUGCGUUCGCCGCCGUGUGCGCAAGCGGGCGACCAGAGAGCGGAUUGGCGGACGUCGAGGUUGGGUGGGCGGAGGACAAGGAGCCAGAGCUCAUCGGGUGGCUGAAGAAGAAAGGCCAACUCGGGACUGACGGCAAAGCGAGCACGACGAAAGGCAGGGACGAUGCAAGACGUCCGUCGGAUAGCACUCCGCAGCCCACGCCUGUUGGUGCAGAGUCCUCGACGUCAGAUGCACCACCAGGGACCGACUCUGGGACACCCUUUUCCUCGUUCCCCUCGACUUUCCCGAGCUUUGACGCACCCCCGAAGUCUUCCGCCAAGCUCGCUGAGACGGGCCUCGAUUACGAGUCCCUGACCCUUAUGCGAAUGCGUCAGGCCGAGCGCGCACGAUUGGAACGCGAACUUCGGGAACGUGAAGCGGCUGAAGGCGAUUGA